AUCCAGAGCGAAGAGCCGCUGCCUUGUCGACACUUCCGCUCACAUGCUCGCCCCUCCCUCCAGUGUACCCCCCCACACACACAGUGUGACUGCCCUGCUCACUAUAUCAGUAUAUACAGUCUAUACCAGCAGACAGCUAGGGAGGGAGGGGACGAUUUAUUAUCACACAGCAUCACAUAACCCACACAUGUUAAUUGAAUUGCACAGCCCCCCCUCCCUCCCUCUCAGGGUUUAUUGAUCCGUUUGUGACGUCACUAUCGAUAAGUUUUGCGGAAGAAAAAAAAAAAUCAAGUUCACGCCGCUCAGUCCCGGGGUGACCCGGAGACUUGUGCAGGAGCUGCAGCUGCACUUUGGGGAUUACACAGCAUGUCUUCUCCACACUGGGAUUAAGUGAAGAGGGAGAGAGGAGACAUUGGUCCAGCGCGGAGACGGAGUGCAGCCUGAGCAAGGUGGCAGAGAAAAGAAUCCUCACACAGACAAUAUCGCUUCAAUAGCCCCCAAGAUGGCUGCCAAUGUGGGAUCAAUGUUUCAAUAUUGGAAGAGGUUUGAUCUGCGGCGGCUGCAGCUGCAACGUACAUGCUGAAAUUUUCCAUAGAGGUCCAUUAUCAGACAGAGGUGAAAAGUGUGCUUGGUACCCAUCUGGCUGGAAUGGCAAAAAAAGACAGAAAGAGCUGAACUCCCUCGCAUCGGAGCUGGCUGCGCGGCAGGAAGAGAGCGAGCAUUCCCACAAGCGUCUUAUUGAACUCAGCCGGGAGUUCAAGAAGAAUGUCCCAGAGGAUAUCCGAGAAGUUGUGGCUCCAGUCUUGAAGAGCUUUCAAGCUGAGGUUGUUGCCCUAAGUAAAAGAAGUAAAGAAGCAGAGGCCGCCUUCCUCAGUAUAUACAAGCAACUCAUCGAAGCACCAGACCCCGCACCAUUACUAGAAGCUGCACGUGGUUUAGAAGACCGGCUACAGCAACUUCAAUGCAUAGAACCCGAAAAUAAAGCUGUGAAGGAAAUCUGCAGACAUUGGAAGAAGUACUCUGACUUUUUCUCCACGGCUAAGGCAGAGAGAAAAGAGGGCACCACUCCAGCUGGUAUCCCCCUGCAGAGGGACGAAGCCUGGCACGGAAAACUCUUCUCUGUGGACACCUAUCAGCAGAAGAAUGAAGCAGAGAGCGAAAAAGGAUUGCAAGAAGCACAGAUUACUUUAGCUGUCAGACUUGGUGAGGCUGAGGAGAAGAUCAAGGUUCUUCAUUCAGCCCUGAAGACAACACAGAGAGAGCUGCUUGACCUGCGGUGUCAAUAUGAUAAGGAGACAGCAUCCAAGGCUGAUGAAGUUGGCAUGAUAAUGACAAAUCUUGAAAAAGCUCAUCGGAGAGCAGAAGCAGCUCAGAGGGAGGUUGAGAGUCUCAGGGAGCAGUUAUCAUCUGUAAAUAAUUCCAUUAGACUGACCUGUUGUUCACCGCAAGGAUCUGCUGCGCUAAGUUCUUCAGACAAAAGUAGCUUCCCCCUAUGUUCUGGAUCUCAUUUAGAAUCAGCUUUAGCUUCAAAAGACAGAGAAAUUUUGAGACUCCUUAAGGAUAUUCAGCAUCUCCAGAACUCUAUACAAGAAUUGGAAGAAUCCUCAUCCAAUCAAAUAGCUGAACUAGAACAACAACUUCUCAUCAAAACAGAGGCAAUAGAGAAAUUGGAAGAGAAGUUGCAAAGUCAGUCAGAUUACGAAGAAAUUAAAACAGAGCUAAGCAUAUUGAAAGCUAUGAAGUCUGCUACAUCCAGCUGUGAUCUUGCCCCAGAGACAUCUAAGUCAGAAGAAAACAUCUCUGUCAAAAAAGAAGCAUUUUACCCUUCACAGACCUUUCUUGUAGAAAAGCAGAGCAAUGUUCCCAGCUGCGAUGAUGAUCAUUCUCAAGAUGCAACAAAGGAACUUGUGCCAGCUGAAAGACCAUACUCCGUUUCUCCUUUGACAAGGGAUGGCAUUUCUACACCCAGUCCUGCUCUGUCUGUGCUGGAGACAUCACUUAGAAGCAAAGUUCGCAGGAACUUUUGUCCGUCUUCUGGUUACAGUGAUAAUGAACAAUUAGUUGGGGAACCAGCGCUCAAGAAUAAAGUUAUAUCUCCACUGCUAAAGACUGAAAGUAACCACACGCAUUCAUUUCAAUCUCCAUAUUACACACUAAAAGCCAACACACACAAUCACCAGUCCGCUGGAAAUCAGGAAUCCAGCCCACAUAGUGACCAGUCAGAAGGGACCAACUCCAGUUCCAUAGAUGAUGAACCUCUAGAAACGUCAGAAAUUGCCUUUCAAGUUAAGGAGCAGCUACUAAAACAUAAUAUUGGACAACGAGUAUUUGGCCACUAUGUCCUCGGCCUCUCCCAGGGCUCAGUAAGUGAGAUUUUGGCUCGUCCCAAGCCUUGGCGAAAACUUACUGUAAAAGGGAAAGAACCCUUCAUUAAAAUGAAGCAGUUCCUUUCAGAUGAACAGAAUGUUCUGGCACUAAGGACUAUUCAAGUGCGGCAAAGAGGAAGCAUCACACCAAGAAUCCGAACGCCAGAAACAGGAUCAGAUGAUGCCAUCAAAAAUAUUCUGGAGCAAGCAAAAAAAGAGAUUCAGUCUCAGAAAGGAGGUGAAACUAAAGGCUCAAGUGCUCCUUUAUCUUCAUCAGCCAGCAGCAACAACAGUUCUGAAGAUGCCAUAAAGAAUAUUCUGGAGCAGGCAAGAAGAGAGAUGCAGGCACAGCAGCAGGCAUUGUUAGAAAUAGAAUCGGGCAGUAGUCAUCGUUCCGUUCCUACACCCCCAAAUGAGCGCCCCAUUCUCACCCCUUCCACACACAAAGCACCUCAUGUCUACAUUAAACAGGAGGACAGCAGCCUUCUGACCAGCACAAGCUCCACGCAGACACCUCUGAGUGUAUUGUCUCCAGCAGCUUUUGUACAAAGCAUCAUACGCAAAGUAAAGUCAGAAAUAGGCGACGCAGGGUCAUACUUCGAUCAGCACUGGGCAUCUGAGAAAAACGUUCUGAGCCAUCCGUUUACCUCUGUGUCUCCAUCAUUAUCGUCAUCAUCUUCAAGUUACUCCAGCAUGGUAAAUGGUCGGCCUUGGAAGAAAGGAGAGAAUACUGAGACUUCACAAAAUGAGGAAGAAGCAUCCAAUGAAGAAGAAACCCAUAAGAUAGUGGAGAUAAAGACCGAGGCGGGAAGUCUUGAUAGUCAGAACAUGAAUCAGCUCUCCUACUACCCUGCCUAUGUUCCUAGGAAUCUCAAGCCCACAGUUCCUCCUCUCACACCAGAGCAGUAUGAGCUGUAUAUGUACAGAGAAGUGGACACCUUGGACUUGACCAGACAAGUAAAAGAAAAAUUAGCAAAAAAUGGCAUCUGCCAGAGAAUUUUUGGCGAAAAGGUGCUGGGAUUAUCUCAAGGCAGUGUGAGUGACAUGUUGUCCCGACCCAAACCAUGGAGUAAAUUGACCCAAAAAGGACGUGAACCGUUCAUUCGCAUGCAGCUGUGGCUGACGGAUCAGCUCGGUCAAGGAAUAACCCAGCAACCAGCUCUGUCACAAGGCACUGCGAGUCCCUCUGAAAUACAUCCAUCCCCAUCUCCAUCACCAAGUCCAUCAGACCAGGAAAAGAGUCUUAGUGAACCAGUUAUGUUAAGCUUGGAAAGCAGCAAAGAGAAUCAGCAGCCACAGAGUAGAUCUGUGUCCUCACUCAUAAGCAGAACUUUCUCAAGCCCUCCACCGACAACCACAGCAGGUAUCCAAGAGAUUGUGGCAAUGUCUCCAGAGCUUGACACCUACUCCAUCACUAAGAAGGUUAAGGAAGUGUUGACAGACAAUAAUUUAGGUCAGAGGUUAUUUGGAGAGAGCAUCUUGGGUCUUACUCAGGGGUCUGUAUCAGAUCUACUGUCUAGGCCUAAGCCUUGGCACAAACUGAGUUUAAAGGGCAGGGAGCCAUUUGUUCGCAUGCAGCUAUGGCUGAGCGAUCCACACAACAUUGAAAAACUAAGGGACAUGAAGAAGAUGGAAAAAAAGGCUUACCUGAAGCGUCGAUAUGGUCUCAUAAGUGUUGGCUCAGACAGCGAAUCUUCCAACGCUAGAACUGACUGUGCAAGCCCCAGCCUUCAGCCACAGGAUUAUAAUCUCAUGCAGAUGAAAAAACCAAGAGUGGUGCUUGCACUGGAAGAGAAAGAAGCCUUGAAGAAAGCCUAUCAAUUGGAGCCUUACCCAACACAGCAGACCAUCGAACUGCUCUCCUUACAGCUAAACCUUAAAACAAACACAGUUAUCAACUGGUUCCAUAACUACAGGUCACGCAUGCGCAGGGAGAUUCUGUUAGAAGGCCAGCAGGACAAUGACACAGACCAGGAGCCAAACAGCUGUGACAGCUUCACAUCGGCAACAAUAUCACACAGAGAUACCCCUCACAGCCCGGACUCUGAUAUAGGGGACAGGAAGCCAGUGAUCAAUGAUCUUAAACAUAUGCUGCAUAGUAACGGUUACUCACGGGAGGGGAGAACUGGAAUGAAAAUUAAGAAAGAGAACACAGAAGAAGACGAUUAUGACUUUUCCAACCAUUGUGAGUCUUGUGUCUCUGGAACGCCAUCAAGAACGUGUUGUGAGUCGGAGCCAUCAAGAGCACUUAGAGAAAAACAAGUUACUUCCACUCACUGUGAUGGCUCCCAGAGACUGCACUAUUUACGAAAAAGCAAUUCUGUUCUUGAGAAAUCUCACCAGCCUGUAGCCCAUGACUGUGCUGCUUCUGUACAUACACAUAAAGAGAUUAUGGGGGCAGACAUGUCGCAGGCUGACCCCAUCAGCUUUAAAUCUACGAUAGAAUCUUCCCGCUGCAGCCUAGAAGUGUCUCUGAAUUCACCCUCUGCAGCCUCCUCUCCAGGCCUCAUGAUGUCCGUUUCUCCUGUUCCUUCAUGCUCUGCUCCUAUCUCUCCAUCCUUGCCUACCACCAUGCCUCUUAAGACUCUUUCUUCCAGCCCAAGCAGUGAUACGGGGUCAUUGCAUCCCUCUACAAAGCAUAGCCCCAACAACCAGAGGAGGAAUGAAAAAAUGGCGAAUCUAAAUAACAUUAUUCAUAGGCUUGAGAGAGCCGCAAAUAAAGAAGAGACUCUGGAAUGGGAAUUUUGAAACUGAUUUUUAUCGGUGCAAAAAAGUACUAUUUCUACCCCACUCUGUGAAUCCACCUUAUGGAACAGAGCGAUUGCAAAGAACUUAUAUUGCAUAUUUUCUAUAUAUAUAUAUAUUUUGUUUUUCUGUUUUGUGAAGUAGACUAUAAUAUCGAAGGAGGUAACAAAUAUCCUAAUAAUCCCUUGGAAUUUAACAGAAAAAACAUAAGAGAAACAAUUUUCAUGGUAUAAAAAAAAAAGAAAAUCUUUUAGAAAAAAAUAUUUAUAAACAUUUUAGAUAUUUUAUUACCUAAUAUUUGGAAUUUAUUAACAGCUGAAGCUGCUUUGAUAAUGGAUGUUGAUCAAAAAACCACAGAGAUGUAGCAGUGAUAACAAUUCUGUAUUUUAGCUUGCCACUGGAUAAGAUAUAGUGACUGUUGUUUAAAGCCAUCACGAAGCACUAGGAGCCUGUCCAUAUGAAGUAUAUGAUAUAUAUAUCAAGAGCUGCUUUGGUUUCUACCACUGUCUGCAAGACAGCAGUUGUUACUACCCUCUGAAGAGAUGGAUACAGUCUAUAAGACUCUAAACUGAAUAUGUAUUGCCAUGAAAUGUGUGUAGAUUGGAUGUCCCCUUUAAAAAAAUAUUGUGACAUACUAUACUAGGUGGCUGUGAAUGUUCUUCCUCUUUUGUGUAUGGUAGUGGUACCUACAGAAUUGUCAUGGGACUAAAAGUUGAGAUAUAAAGUGUGUCAGGUUUGGUGAGAUAGCUAGAUGUCCAGAUGGAUAAGAAUAUGUAUACACUACAUGGCCAGAAGUAUGUGGGCAUCCUUUCUGUUAGAGGGUUUAGCCAGUUCCAUUAUAUCUAUUGCCCACUGGUGUAUAAAAUCAAUCACACAACUAUAUCACAGCAGGCAUUAGAAUAAAGGAAACUCAAGACCGUGACGACCUUCAACUUUGCAUUAACAUUGGGAACAUGUCAGAUUAUCAAACGUC